AUGUCGCGGAAGAAGGCGGCUCGCAGCAAGGGCGGCGGUGCCGCGCCCUCCGCCGCGCUGCCCCCCGCCGCCCCGGGGCCCGGCCGGGCCGCCGCCGCCGCCGCCCCGCGGGGCUCCGCGCCCGCCCCCGAGCUGCCCCGCAACGGCGGCGCGGCGGCCGGGCGGCCCUCGCUGAGCAGCAGCGGCGAGUUCUACGAUCUCGCCUUCAAGGUGAUGCUGGUGGGCGACUCGGGGGUCGGCAAAACCUGCUUACUGGUGAGAUUCAAAGAUGGUGCUUUCCUUGCCGGCAGCUUCAUUUCCACGGUUGGAAUCGACUUCAGGAAUAAGGUGCUGACGGUGGAUGGGGUGAAGGUAAAGCUGCAGAUCUGGGACACGGCCGGGCAGGAGCGCUUCCGCAGCGUCACCCACGCCUACUACCGAGAUGCCCAUGCCCUGCUCCUGCUCUACGAUGUCACCAACAAAGCAUCAUUUGACAACAUCCAGGCUUGGCUGACAGAGAUUAAUGAAUAUGCUCAGCAAGACGUGGUCCUUAUGUUACUGGGAAACAAGGUGGAUUCAGCCCAGGAGAGAGUGGUGAAAAGAGAAGAUGGAGAAAAACUAGCCAAGGAGUAUGGAGUGCCCUUCAUGGAGACCAGCGCAAAGAGCGGCCUCAAUGUGGAAUUAGCCUUCACAGCCAUUGCAAAGGAACUGAAGCACAGGUCCAUGAAGCUGCCCAACGAGCCCAAAUUCAAGCUCCACGACUAUGUGAAGAAGGAAGUGAGAGGCUCGGGCUGCUGCAGGUCCUAAUGUGCUCAGCACAUUUGUACAGAGACUCAUGCCAAGUGUUUGUGCACCGCGCUCUCUCACCUUGUGGACAACGUGUGCAUGUCUGUCUGUCGUGUGUGUAUCUGCCUAAAAGGGGAGCCAAGAGGUGGGGAACAGAAGCAGCAGCAGAUAAGAGCUCUGUGGGCCAGGGUGGGCACUGCCCCCCGAGCCCCCAUUGCACCCAUCCGCACUGCUGGCCUUCCGCCUGCCCUCACCGGCCGCUCGUCUCUGUGCAGGGGGAAGGUGGGUGCUGGGGAAGCGACUGGGGCGGGCCAGGGUGCUGCCGGGGUCAGAAUUACGGUGUGACUACGGGGAACGAGCGCCUGCUCCACAAGAAAUCUCUGGGUAGGAAAAGCCCCAAAUUCCCUUUUUCUUUCCCUGCAUACCUGGAAUUCAGCUGCUCAAGAGCCCUGGCCUGGGGCACACGGGAAAGACUGGUUUUUUGGAGGCAACCGUUUUUGUACUUGCUUACUUCUGCCCGUCCAUCUCACGUGGCAUAACGCACCUCCUCAAUGAAGGUUUCUCCUCUUCCUUGCAGAAGACAAGAGCUUAGCUGUCUGUGUGAGUACGCUCCUGCUACCCUAUCUGUUGUACAGAGAUCUCCUGAAUGUUUAUCUGUUGGGCAAAGGCUUUGGUUCCCUUACUACUGCUGUUUCUAGUACUUUAAUUGAGAAGCAAGCUCAUGUAUUGCAGCUUAUUCUAAAUGCCUUCAUGUAAGUGUGAUAGCAUUUUUAGACUGCAACAAUGCUUUGAUAUCUUCAAAGUUCUCUUGGGACAGCUCGCUCUUUUAACUGAGGAAAGCUGGGGGAAGUGCUGCAGGUGCUGAUUGUGCAGGCUUCAGCCUCCUGCCAGCUCUCUUCAAAGGCGUUCUCACCCCUUUGGGCUGUGUCAGGUCUUUGGCUUUUAUUUUUUUCCUUAAAGCUGCACUUCUGAGUACAAAUUUGAAUUUGGAUCAAGGGUUUGGCAGCUUUCUUUGAAAAUUCCACGCUCAGCACACUGGGUGCCCACCACACUGAACCUCCCCAUGCUGCCCUGAAUGGGCCACUUCAAAAUAAAACAGCCCAUCCUUUGCCCUCCAAGCAGCGGCUCCUACAGCGUGUCUCGCUCGGGGCUCAGCUCAGCACUGCCCUCCCAACCCACACAAAGCCCCUCUGCAGCUUCUACUGGGCUUCAGGCAGGCAAAGGCUCCGCAGAGCCAUAGUAAAAUGAGUCCUGCUCAGUAACAGUAUGACAAAGGAUCCUAAAAUCAACCUGCUGCAAACAGAGCAUUUUUUCCUAAAUAGGUUUAAGGGAGAAAUGAGCCUUUCAACCAGCUGAUUUAAGUUAUUUCAAUUAUUGAUUGCAAACCUGUUUCUGCAGGACUGUGUGCAGCACACAGCCACAGUAAGUCAGGGCCCCCCGUGUCCCAACCCAGCAGCAGCACUCCCCAAGACCCAGCACUGGCACAGCUGCCACUUCCUCUGAAAUCCUUGGACCUCUCUGCACUUUUCCCCCUCUGAAAGGCACGGUCCUCACCACAUGCCCUCUCUGGCCAUUUGUUUGUGAGUAGCACCAGAGCAGAAGGAAGGCUCUGCCAAGAAGCACAUGGGAACCUGGAAAGCUUGGUUUGCCACUGCUUUGGUGAGCUUCACCGUGCUCCAGUGGCACCUGCAGCACUGCUGUCUCCUUCCCUCUUACAGGCGCCUGCAUUCUCAUUCUGGGCUGUCACACACCCACCUGCUGGCUGAGGUUAAAGAGCAAAAAUAAGAGAGUGGGAUGUCAAGUCCUGAGCUUGCCCAGUACUAUUUGGUAUCUCAAGGGCAGGACAGGGCUGGCCUCCGUGUUUUCCCUGGAUCUCCCUUUCCCGGGUGCCAGUACCAACACAUUCCCCCCAGGAGCCAUGGGCUUGUCCCAAAGGCAAAAAUCACAAGUGGUUAUUCUUAAUGCUCCCAGCAGGUUGCUGCCUUCCCUCUGCCUUGCAGGGCAGGAGCUUCACAGCUCAGUCUUAAAGAAAACUUACUACUUCAGGGGGGGACCAAACCAAAUUUACAAUGAGAUAUAAUUGCUGCCCUUUGGAGCACUUUAAACGUGCCUGUUGGGAGACACCACAACCGCCUUUGUGGUAUUAAACCUAAACCUUAAGCCACUCAGCACCCCCCCCCCCCCGCGGCAAGUUCCCACCUCACCCUAAAGCUCUUCCUCUGCUUACAUGGGCUUUUACUGCCACCAAGUGACAAAAAAUUGUUCCCCGUGCUCAAAUGAGCCAGAGGACUCAGCCAUUACAUGCAACUUCUCA